AUGGAGAUUUCUUUUUCGUCAGCAUUUAUAGCGUUGGCAUGGCUACUAGCAUUAGCUGUUAUUUCUAAAGUUAUGAACCAUAUUCUAUGCCCUAAAAGAAAUGUACCACCAGGUCCGAGGCCAUGGCCAAUUAUUGGCAAUUUGAACCUUAUUGGUUCACUCCCACAUGAGUCUUUGCACGAUCUUUCACAAAAAUAUGGAGAUUUAAUGCUCCUAAAGUUCGGUUCCAAGCCUGUUCUCAUAGCAUCAUCUCCAGAAAUGGCUAAAGAGAUUCUAAAAACACAUGAUGCUAUCUUUACUUCUCGUCCUGCAUUGACUGCUGGUAAGUAUAUUAGCUUUAACCACUCAGAUGUGUCAUGGGCACCUUAUGGUGCACAUUGGCGUCAAUCUAGAAAGAUCUACCAAACCGAGAUAUUUAGUCCUAAAAGGCUUGAAUCGUUUAAGUACAUUCGUGUUGAGGAAAGGAGAAAUCUGAUUUCUCGUCUUCAUGUUCUAUCAGGAAAGCAAAUUUUUCUCCGCGAUCAUUUGACAGAAUUUACCCUUAGCACUAUAAGUAGGAUGGUUAUGAGUAGCACGUACCAUAGGGAUGAAUCAAUUGAAAAUUUGCAAGGUAUGUUAGAUGAAUGGUUUAUCCUUGGUGGGGUGAUUAAUAUUGGGGAUUGGAUACCUUGGCUUAAUUGGCUUGACUUGCAAGGGUACAUCAAAAGAAUGAAGGCUUUGGAUAAAAAGUUGAGAGAAUUUUUUAAGUAUGUACUUGAAGAUCACAAGGCUAAAGGAAAGGAGGAUUCUGUUCCAAAGGACAUGGUUGAUGUCUUUUUGCAACUAGUAGAUGACCCUAAUCUUGAAGUUAAGAUUACCACCGAUAACCUAAUGGGAUUAAUCCUUGAUUUGUUGGCCGGUGGAACGGAUACAUCAGCAACAACAGUUGAAUGGGCAUUUCAAGAACUCGUGAGGAACCCGAAUAUGAUAGAAAAGGCACAUGAAGAACUUGAUAGAACAAUAGGUAAAGGAAGAUGGGUAGAAGAGGAGGACUUAUCCCAACUACCUUAUAUAGAAGCUAUAAUCAAAGAGACAUAUAGGCUGCAUCCGUUAACUCCGUUAAUCCCUCCGCAUUACUCCAUAGAAGAAUGCAAUGUUGUUGGUUAUGACAUACCAAAAGGGACAAUGGUAUUUGUAAACAUAUGGUCCUUAGGAAGAAAUCCUAAUUACUGGGAUAGGCCACAAGAGUUUAUUCCCGAAAGAUUCUUAGAAAAUGACAUUAACAUAAAGGGAAAAAACUUCACAAUGUUGCCAUUUGGUUCCGGAAGAAGGAGGUGCCCUGGGUACAACUUAGGGAUCAAGCUUGUGGGGACAACCUUGGCUAACUUGUUGCAUGGAUUCCAUUGGAGAUUAACAGGUGACAUAAAUCCAGAAGAAAUAAGCAUGAAAGAGAUAUAUGGAUUGACUACACACCCAGAAAAACCGAUAUCUAUGAUCGUGGAACCAAGAUUUCCUCUCCAUCUUUAUUAGUACCACUUUCUUGGGAUCCUAUCAAGCCAGAAUUUACAUUGGUUACUUUCACUUCUUAUUGUAAAAUUUAUGUAUAAAUAAAUGAUCACUACAACAUUUUCGGCUUACGGCCACACUAAA